GGCUGCCCCGGCCAGGCUCGCGCCUGAUUGGCUGGCGGUCGGCGGGAGGGUGGGGCGGGUCCUGACCGUGUAGGUCGCUGUGGAUUGGUCCUGGGCCUCCACUGACGCGCCGGGCGUGGGGCCAAUGGGCGGGCGGGGGAGGCAGGGGCAGGUUCGGGGGAAGAGGACUGCGAGCACAGCGGCGGCCGGGUGUUGGGGGUGAGUGGGGCCAGCGGGGCUGGACAGCGGCGGGCCCCGGGCGCCGCCGCCGCGAUCCCUCCCCGCGCCCCCCGAGCGCAUCGCCGCCGCCGAGAUGGGCCCUCCGCGGCACCCCCAGGCCGGCGAGCUAGAAGCGGGCGGUGCGGGCGGCGGGCGGCGGCUACAGGUGGAAAUGAGUUCUCAACAGUUUCCUCGAUUAGGAGCCCCUUCUACUGGGCUGAGCCAGGCCCCUUCUCAGAUUGCAAACAGUGGUACUGCUGGAUUGAUAAACCCAGCUGCUACAGUCAAUGAUGAAUCUGGUCGAGAUUCUGAAGUCGGUGCCAGGGAGCACAUGAGUUCCAGCAGCUCCCUCCAGUCCCGGGAGGAGAAGCAAGAGCCUGUCGUGGUAAGGCCCUAUCCACAGGUGCAGAUGUUGUCUACACACCAUGCUGUCGCAUCAGCCACACCUGUUGCAGUGACAGCCCCGCCAGCACACCUGACGCCAGCAGUGCCACUUUCAUUUUCGGAGGGACUUAUGAAGCCGCCCCCGAAGCCUACCAUGCCUAGCCGUCCCAUUGCUCCUGCUCCACCUUCCACCCUGUCACUUCCGCCCAAGGUUCCAGGGCAGGUUACCGUUACCAUGGAGAGUAGCAUCCCUCAAGCUUCAGCCAUUCCUGUGGCAACAAUCAGUGGACAACAGGGCCAUCCCAGUAACCUGCACCACAUCAUGACUACAAACGUGCAGAUGUCUAUCAUCCGCAGCAAUGCUCCUGGGCCCCCUCUUCACAUUGGAGCUUCUCAUUUACCUCGAGGUGCAGCUGCUGCUGCCGUGAUGUCCAGUUCUAAAGUAACCACAGUCCUGAGGCCGACCUCGCAGCUGCCAAAUGCUGCUACUGCUCAGCCAGCAGUGCAGCACAUCAUUCACCAACCAAUCCAGUCUCGGCCACCUGUGACCACCUCCAAUGCCAUCCCUCCUGCUGUGGUAGCAACUGUCUCAGCCACCAGAGCUCAGUCUCCAGUCAUCACUACGACAGCGGCACAUGCUACUGACUCAGCACUUAGUAGGCCAACUUUGUCUAUCCAGCACCCACCAUCUGCAGCAAUCAGUAUUCAGCGUCCUGCCCAGUCACGAGAUGUCACAACAAGAAUCACACUACCAUCUCACCCUGCAUUAGGGACGCCAAAACAGCAGCUUCAUACAAUGGCUCAGAAAACGAUCUUCAGUACUGGCACCCCAGUGGCUGCAGCCACAGUAGCACCUAUUUUGGCAACCAACACCAUUCCUUCAGCGACUACAGCCGGAUCUGUGUCCCACACGCAGGCUCCCACCAGUACCAUUGUUACCAUGACGGUGCCCUCCCAUUCCUCCCAUGCUACUGCUGUGACCACCUCGAACAUCCCCGUCGCCAAGGUGGUGCCCCAGCAGAUCACACACACUUCUCCUCGGAUUCAGCCAGACUACCCUGCUGAGAGGAGCAGCCUGAUUCCCAUCUCCGGACAUCGGGCCUCUCCCAAUCCUGUGGCCAUGGAAACCCGAAGCGACAACAGACCGUCUGUUCCUGUUCAGUUCCAAUAUUUUUUGCCAACUUACCCCCCUUCUGCAUACCCACUGGCGGCACAUACCUACACCCCAAUCACCAGUUCCGUGUCCACUAUUCGACAGUAUCCAGUUUCAGCUCAGGCUCCAAACUCUGCCAUCACAGCUCAGACUGGCGUGGGGGUAGCGUCUACCGUCCACCUAAACCCCAUGCAGUUGAUGACAGUGGAUGCAUCACAUGCUCGACAUAUUCAAGGGAUCCAGCCAGCCCCCAUCAGUACCCAGGGCAUCCAGCCGGCCCCCAUCGGGACCCCAGGGAUACAGCCCGCACCACUUGGCACACAGGGAAUUCACUCAGCAACCCCAAUCAACACACAAGGGCUUCAGCCUGCACCAAUUGGUACUCAGCAGCCUCAGCCUGAAGGAAAGACUUCAGCAGUGGUGUUGGCAGAUGGAGCCACAAUUGUGGCCAACCCUAUUAGCAAUCCAUUCAGUGCUGCUCCAGCAGCAACAACCGUGGUGCAGACCCACAGCCAGAGUGCUAGCACCAACGCUCCUGCCCAGGGCUCAUCGCCACGGCCAAGCAUACUCCGCAAGAAACCUGCCACAGAUGGAAUGGCGGUUCGGAAAACCCUCAUUCCUCCUCAGCCUCCUGAUGUUGCUAGUCCUCGAGUGGAAAGCUCUAUGCGGAGUACAUCUGGGUCACCUAGGCCUGCAGGUGCCAAACCCAAGUCUGAAAUCCACGUGUCUAUGGCCACUCCCGUCACUGUGUCCAUGGAGACUGUAUCCAGUCAAAAUAAUGAUCAGCCUACCAUUGCCGUCCCUCCAACUGCCCAGCAGCCUCCACCGACCAUUCCAACUAUGAUUGCAGCAGCCAGUCCCCCAUCACAACCAGCCGUUGCCCUUUCAACCAUUCCUGGAGCGGUCCCCAUCACUCCACCCAUCACCACCAUUGCAGCUGCACCACCUCCAUCAGUCACUGUGGGUGGCAGUCUGUCCUCCGUCUUGGGCCCUCCUGUUCCUGAAAUUAAAGUGAAAGAAGAAGUAGAACCAAUGGAUAUCAUGAGGCCAGUUUCUGCAGUUCCUCCGCUGGCUACCAACACUGUGUCUCCAUCUCUCUCAUUGCUGGCAAACAACCUGUCCAUGCCUACAAGUGACCUACCACCUGGUGCCUCCCCAAGGAAGAAGCCUCGAAAGCAACAGCACGUGAUCUCAACAGAAGAAGGUGACAUGAUGGAGACAAACAGCACUGACGAUGAGAAGUCCACUGCCAAGAGUCUUCUGGUGAAGGCUGAGAAGCGCAAGUCUCCUCCCAAGGAGUAUAUUGAUGAGGAAGGUGUGAGGUAUGUCCCAGUGCGUCCAAGACCCCCCAUCACUUUGCUUCGUCACUAUCGGAACCCCUGGAAAGCUGCUUACCACCACUUUCAGAGGUACAGUGACGUCCGGGUCAAAGAGGAGAAGAAAGCUAUGCUGCAGGAAAUAGCUAAUCAGAAAGGAGUAUCCUGUCGUGCUCAAGGCUGGAAAGUUCACCUCUGUGCCGCCCAGUUACUACAGCUGACGAAUCUAGAACAUGAUGUCUAUGAAAGACUUACCAACCUGCAGGAAGGGAUUAUCCCAAAGAAAAAAGCAGCAACCGAUGAUGAUCUCCACCGAAUAAAUGAACUGAUACAGGGAAAUAUGCAGAGGUGUAAACUCGUGAUGGAUCAAAUCAGUGAAGCCAGAGACUCCAUGCUUAAGGUUUUAGAUCAUAAAGACCGCGUCCUGAAGCUUCUGAACAAGAACGGGACUGUCAAAAAAGUGUCCAAAUUGAAGCGAAAGGAAAAAGUCUAGACCCAGAAGAAUCAGGAGUUUGGAAGCAAAUUGAUGAAGAAUGAUGGUGGGGGUGGGGGGAGGGUUUUGGUUUUUCCAAAGUGGAACUUUGAAAUAAAGGAAGUGUUCCUUAGUUCACAUGUGAAAGCAAGGGCCCCGUGACAUCCAGUGGCAUAAAAGGAUCAGAGCUGACUGGACACAGUGAGCCGCCGCCUUGCGUUCGGGGCACCCCUGUUAAACCUGCUCUGUGUCAUAAGUGACUCCGGAUGCGUCAGUGUCCACCAGUUGGAAGCAAUGACAAGGAUGGCUGGCUGGGGUUGUUCAGCCUUCCGGUUUAUAGACUGUAUUUAUCUAGUGGAUUCCUGCAGGCCCCAUACUGAGCCUGGACUGAAAGUAUCCACUCGGACCAUCUGUUAUCUCUCUACACUGAAAAUAAAACCUCUUCCACCCACCCCAUUCGGUUCUUCUGCCUGACCUUCAAAUGCCCACGUUGGCCUUUUACAGCAGUGCCACGGCACCAAGCGAGCUGCCGCAUCUCACACUCUAAAGGGUUUGAACUAUUAGUUCUUGUCAUUUUUUUAAAAGAACCAUUCCCAAGUGAAAUUGUUAUAUCGUCUGUCUUGCGUGUGUCAGAAUUGGGUUUUUGUGGAGGUUCAGAGCAGGCAACACCGUAAGGUGCUCUCAGAUCCUUGUUCUGAAGUACAUUCUCUUGGUUCUCUGUACUUCUGUAGCUGGUGUGAUGCUGUUAAUCGUAUGUACCACACAUCUCCAGACGUUAAUAAAGGACUCAAAGAGGUUUUU